AUGUCCGCAGAGCUCGAGACUGCACAGCAUGCGGGGAAGCCUCAUCCCCAUCUCUCUUUCCUCACCGAGCCAACCGGCGAUUCCGCCAUUGACUCCGACCUGCAAUACAUACGCGAGCUGAACUGGGCCGAUACCGCUCCUGGCCCCAUUGCAGAAUGGCCACGCGAACUACUGGUCCUCAUCAACCUGGCCAUGCUCAGCCCGCAGCCACAAAUUUUCCUAUUGGGGCGUGACUCGAUAAUCUUAUACAACACAGCUUACGGCAGACUGCUCCGCGACUGUCAUCCGCUCUACCAAGGCCGGCCAAUCGCCCUCAACACAGCCAUGAUUGGCCAAGGCCAGGCCAUCCUAACCAUCGCCCAGCACGCCCAGGACGGCUCUGCCCUCGACCAACACCACACGCCCUUUUUCUUCCCACAGCAUGGCCGUCUCGAGGAGGUCUUCCUCUCGGCCACAAUGGUAAAACUGCCUCUCUCCCUCGACGGCUACCAUGUCACAGCAUACGACACCACCAAAGACGCUUUGCAAAAUCGCCGCGAGCAAUCGCUCGAGCACAUCCGCGGCGCCUCCAUGGAUGCACCAGAUCCACAUGCCCUGUGGGCCUCGCUAUUGAAUGGCAUAUCGAGCGGUGACGGCGACAUUGCAUUUGCCGCCAUAUAUCACGCCGACAAUACCCUUGUGCGUGAAGAGACAGGCUUCAUAUCAAAUCACAUUAGUGCCCAAGACUUUGUACUUGCUGGCACGGUUGGCGCCUUCGCAUCCCCACUUCCAUCCCACAUCAAGCGCGGCCAGGGUCGAGCCUGGAUCAAGAGCAUUUACGAGACAGUCGAUAUGCGCGCUCCGCAGCUUCUCCGAGCAGCAGACGGUACCCUGCCGCCAGAGAUGUGCCAUGCGUCCAGGGAACGGUGUUAUGGAGAUGAUUGCCUAGAGGCCAUUGUUUUACCAAGCGUCAUGGAUAAGUCCGCAAGCGUCCACGCCGUCAUGAUCAUUGGGCUGGCGCCACGAAGUCCCUAUGACAGCUCCUAUCAAGCGUGGGUACAAACACUCCAUCAACACUUUUGCAGCAGUGUCGCAGCAGUCACCAUGGCCGAGGCCAGGAAACUAGCCCACGAAAAUGACCAAAAACGCAUAGCCAAGGAGAGGGAAAUGUACGCCAAGGAAGUUCACUUGAAGCAACAAGAGGCUGCUCUAGCAACAGGCAAAGUGCAGCGAAUGCUGCAGAUAAUGGAUGCCGCCAGCAUCGGCUUCUUCGAGUGCAACCCAUUGGGAAAGCUGAUGCAGACUAAUGAUGCAUUCUGCAGUAUUAGCGGUUGUUCCAGCGACCCCGAUGUACAGAAUCAGACGAGGCUAUUGGAGCUUUGCGAGCAAGAAGAUCAGCUACUACUGACAGCCCAUUGGCACAGCUUAACUAGUGGCCAGCCAUCGACAUUCUCAACAACGUUCCAGCCUCGUGGCCAAGAGAAAAGAUGGGUCCAGAUAGCCUGCGUUCCUGUCAUUGAUAGUGCAAGCGGUGUUGUGAGCAUCACAGGGUGUGUUACGGUGCUCGAGAGCCAGAAAAGCAUCCAGCACGACACCUUAGCCCAGCGCUCUGGCUCUCAGGAGCCCGCUCGCUUGAGUGAAUUUCGUCUGUUGAACAUUAUUGACAAUGCGCCCAUGGGUGUCCUCAUAUUCGAUCAAGACGGAGUACCCUCGUUCGUCAACAAAACCUGGUUUCAGAUGACUGGCCACCCUUCCGUGUCAGUCAAGAGUGUUGAUUUCCGAGCCAUCAUUUUGCCCGAGGACGUCUCGGAAUUCAAUGUGCGCAUGGACGAGAUAUCACGAAGCGGCAAGUCUGUUAGCCUCCAACUGCGACUUAAACGCUUGAAGAGAACACCCCAUAGCUCGGAGCAGACAUGGGUGAAGCUCACUGCCACUCCGGAGAUGGUGGGCAGUGAGGGUGUACAUAUUACGACUACCAUUGUGGAUAUUAGCGAAUUCAAAACCGCCGAAGCUUUGCAGCGAACAGAGAUUCAGGAAGCCGUCGAAGCCAGGCGCCAGCAGGAAAACUUUGUUGAUAUGACUAGUCACGAGAUCAGGAAUCCCCUCAGCGCAGUGAUGCAUUGUGCAGACUCUUUGGCAAAUUCGCUUUCCGACAUGAAGCUACUGCUUGACCAGGUAAAGUAUCGAGUGACAUCCGAGGCAAAUAAAGCCGCCACCACGAAGCGGCUUCAGGAAUGUACCAGCAACAUGACCGAGGCUGUCGACACCAUCAUGUCGUGUACCGUGCAUCAGAAACGGAUCAUCGACGAUAUCCUUUCGCUCUCAAAGCUAGACUCUAACCUGUUGGAAAUAUGUCCUUCUGCUUUCCAGGUGAGGAGCUUCCUCGACCAGGUCGAGAGCACGUUCAGGCUCGAAGCUGCCCAGGCUGGCGUCAUGUUCAGGACAGUACCUGACCCAUCUCUGAGCGAACUUGGGAUUGACUGGAUCGAAGCCGACUCUGGACGAAUCAUGCAGGUGCUUGUGAACUUGGUUGUGAAUGCUAUCAAGUUUACAAAAGAUAGUGCAGGAAGCAGGAAUGUCACAGUCUGCAUUGGCGCUUCUUAUUCGCGUCCUGCGGAUGUGUUUGUCGAUCUCAUGAUGGUGGCGUCGCCAUCGCCAUCGCAGCAGAACGAGGCGAACGCAGCUACAGCAAAGGACGGAAAGGAGCUCUACCUGUGGUGCAGCGUAAACGACACCGGCUGUGGCAUGGACUCGACUGCCAUGAAACGCAUCUUCUCUCGGUUCAUUCAAGCGUCACCAAAAACAUACAGCAAGUACGGCGGCUCCGGCCUAGGUUUGUUCAUCAGUCGGAAGCUAGUAGCUUUGCAAGGCGGGGAAAUUGGCUUUUCAUCGCAGGAGAACGUAGGGUCAAGGUUCGCUUUCUACGCCAAGGCUUCGAUCGCAGCCCCGCCGGAUAACGGGCUUAGCGCCUCGAUCGAUGGGUCCGCCGGAUUCAAGGGCGCCACAUUUCAACAUUCCGCUACCGCGUCCAGGGACUCUCAGUCACAAGGCACGCCACAGCUUAGUGUUCUUCUCGUGGAAGACAACUUGGUAAAUCAGCGCGUCUUGAAGAAACAGCUGCAGCAACAUGGCUACAUUGUUCACACAGCCGACAAUGGGCAAGCCGCUCUGGACUUUGUCAAAUCUACAAGGCACUGGAAAGACCACGCUGGUACCGCCGCUUCCAGCCCAAGCAUCGAUGUCAUUCUCAUGGAUGUGGAAAUGCCCGUCAUGAACGGUCUCCAAUGCGCAGGUAUACUACGCGCUGCAGAAAACAGCGGACAGAUUAACAAGCGUUUGCAAAUGAUUGCUGUGACUGCGAACGCAAGGCCGGAGCAGCUGAAGCGGGCUACGGAUGCGGGCAUGGACGACGCGAUCUCCAAACCGUUUCGAGUGAAAGACCUGGUACGCGUCAUAGAUCGGGUGGGCGCCCUGGAGCGGAAUGACAGCCUCGCAUCAUGCUCGUAA